AUGGGGAAAGCAGCCAGAGAGCAGCUGAGUCGAACCCUUAAUGAGCACCUGAACACUACCCAUGAGACCUUUCAGUUGUUGGAUCAAACACCAGCUUCAUCUCUUGAUAAAGUCAGCUGGAAUGAGGUUAUUAAAAUUGGCGAACAAGUUUCCAAACAAGCUACUCUAGUUGGAAUGCUUUGGACUGGAGAAACACCAGAAGUUAAAGCACUCGAAGAGAACAUGGCAACAUACUUCAAUACACUACAGGGUUUCCUAUUACUUGCACAUGGAAGUUCAGUAGGUGCAGGACCUACCCUUUUGUCUAGCAUCCAUGCAUCCGUGAAACAAGUUGUCGAUUGCAGUUUUAUGUUAUUGAAAGAGUCUGUCUCUGCCUAUGGAUCUCGCAGUAAAGACCAGAAACUCUCAAUCCCGCAGUUGGUAGGUACAGUCUGGGAUGCUUGUAGUGCCCUUAAGAAGACUCCUGCUACCAAUAUCACUGCAAUCGGGCGAGCAAUGACGCAAGUUGCAGUUUCCAUGAAGGAUGUUCUCCGGGAGAUGGAGGAGCUUAAGCCAGCUUCAUCUGACCCAGUAGAUGAAGCUUUGGAUGAGACCUCUAUACAACCUGAAGGUGAACCCCAUGAAAGUGAUGAUUCAUGUGGAGGAGAUUUGGGCAAUGACCUGUCACCCGAAGAGAUUAAAAUUGCUCAAGUUGCUAUUAAUGUUGUGUCUGGAACAGUUGCAGUCAUAAAGGAACUUAUCCGUUCCAUCACAGGAUUGCUUAAGCAGGAGAAUUCUGAUAACAGCAGUGAUUUUGUGAACUCUUUGGAGGGACUGUUGAAGCUCUGUCAAGGAAUUGGCCAACAGAUUGAUGAGCUUGGGGCUUGUCUUUACCCUCCACAAGAAGUUCCUGCUAUGAAAGCUGCUUCAGAAAAAAUGUCCAGCAUUCUUGAUGAAAUGCAAGUGGAGUUGGAAAAUCAUAAAGGCUCUUCAGAAGCUUUCCUCAAAGCAUGCACUGAUUUAAGGAAUUGGUUGAGACAACUGGAAUCUGAACUAGUUUGCUCCAGUGCUACUGAUCUAGUGCCCCAAAUGGAGAAACUUUUGUUGAGCAGUUAG